CAACAUCAUCAUUUUAUAAAGAAGCACCAAAAGUAGAUGUUGUAAAUGAUCAUGGAAUCAAACCAACACCUGAUGGCGUAAUUGAUGAGUCCAAGAUCGCAUCAUAUCAAGCAGCAAUUGAUAAUUUAUUAAGAGCUGGAAGAUCCGAGGAUCCUGCAAACGUACUAUUAGCAAUGAAAUCAAUUGUUAUAUCAUGUAAGGAUAUAACAGAAGAAGUCGAAUUAUAUGAAAAACAUAAAGGUUCAUCAAUAAAAGCUGAAAAUCAAGAAAAAUUGACCCAACUUAAAACGAAAUUAUCGGCUACACUUACCAAUUUAAUGGCAGCGGCUAAAAAUCAUGCAACCGGGGCUGGUCUUUCACCGGUUAGCUUAUUAGACGCAGCUGCAAGUCAUUUAACUGUAGCUGUCGUUGAAGUGGCGAAGCAUUUAAAAUUAAAACAAUCGCUAAACGAUGGAAUUCAUCAAAAUCAUCAAGAUCAAAAUACUGGUAAAGAUAAAAAAAUAAAUAGCAUUGUUAAUGGACGUAGUAGAGGGAUUGAUACCGAAGAUUUAAAGGAUUUCCUUGAGCGUCAAACUGAAGCAAUUGUACAAGCAAUUCAAACCCUUUUAGCCAGCAUUCGCAAUGGCUCGUAUGGCGGUGAGAUUAUAGAGAAAAUCAACACAGUAAUAACAAUAUUGUUGAAUGUGAUUGCAGUUUGUAAUGACUCAUUUGAAGAAAAUACUGGCACUCCAUAUCGUAAGCGUGGUAGUGUAUUACUAAAAGAUUUGGAAAGAUGCAUUGAUAAAAUGGAAGAAAUGAAAACAUUGAUAGAAAAAGAUAACGAGAUUGUUUCUGAUAAAGGUUCCAAACAACGUUUGGCCGGUGUUGCUUUUGAAAUUGCAAAAUUUACAAAAGAAUUAUAUGGUUUGGUUGAAAAUGAUAAGAAAUAG